CUUUAGGUGGCCAGUCUACGGCAAAGGAUAGGGCAAUGACAUCGUAAUUCGCCCUGGCUCUUGCCCGCUUCCGGAUACUGGCAUAAUUUCUUAACAGUUGGCACGUUACAGUAUCGUAAGAUCCUUAGCACAGCUUGCAAAAGACACUUGGCUCUGUAAUAGCUUGGUUGACGGCCCCCUUACGACCUCGCUUCCUUAAUUUGCUUGAUCUUUAGGGAUAAUAAGCUAUUAGCGUUGUGUUAUCAGGCACAGAGGAGAGGGGGAGGCUGGGUUCCCCCGGCCUAGGCACUUCCUCCUCAUGUCGGUUUUGUCUGUGCCAUCCCCUGUCCUGGCGAAACGUCAUUUUGACGAGGGAGAAGCUGGCGAGGGCUGCGACCGGCAGCUUGGCGGCAAGCGGUCUCGCCAGCAUUACAGUCCCGCAGCUGCCCGCUGCGUACAGUUUGCUGCAGGCGGGCUGCAUGCCGUGGCACCGACCACUUUGUCAGCAUUACUCGCUCUCUUCCCUGGCAUGGAUGAGCGCACUGUCUCCAAUGUGCUGUCGGAAUGCGGCAACAAUAUAGACGCAGCAAUUAGGCGACUGGGCGAGCUGCGGCUGUCAGCGGCAGGAGAAGCAGCCUCGACACAGCCAGCUCCAACCGGCGCCGCGCCAACGCACCACACGGCUGACGCGGGAGCCCCAGGCACGCCCCAGGCUGCCACCGGCAUCCCCACCCCCGCAGCUCUGGAUCCCGAAUCCAACGCAGCGGGCAGCAGCGGCGGUCCAGCCACUGCGGAGCAAUGGGUGGAGGUCCUAGUCGCUGAGAUGUCCGCAGCCUCGGACAUGACCGACGCCCGGAACCGUGCAGCGGGCUUCCUCCGGCAGUUCGAGGCCUUCGUCGCGCGCUUUGUACGGCAGCAGCAGCAACAGCAGGCUGCUAGCAGCGCUGCGGACCCCUCGGCGGCCUCCGCCUCGGACGCUUCCCUUGCCGCCCGCGCUGCGAAGCUGGCUGAGGAGAAUGCGGUGCUGAAGAAGGCGGUGCAGAUCCAGCAUCGGCAGCUGCAGGAGCGUGCAGGGCAGGACGGUGAGGUGGCACAGUUGAAGGCUCUGCUGGCGCAGUAUCAGGAGCAGGUCCGUACGCUCCAAGUCAACAACUACUCCCUUACGCUGCACCUGCAAAAGGCCACCAACUCGGGCUUUGUCAACAGCCCGCGCAACCCAGACGUCUUCUAAGCGCGCGGACAUUGCUGUUGCUACUGCUGGUACGGCAGAUGUGUGUUGUGCUGGUCACGAUGUGGUGGUUAGGCCGGACGGACAGGCGUGGGCUUGGACCUGCAGGCGAGCGGCGAGGAGCGGAGUGCCACCAUGUGGGGGUAGUACACAUGGCUGCCUGCAGUGCGUGCAGUUGACACCUGGGCCCAUGUGGUACGGGAAAAGAGCAGCGCGAAUGUGUGAAGCAAUUGUAGAGCUCAGCAGCGGGGCAGCUUUGGAGGCGGAGGGGUAUUGUCAACACGGGUACCCGGAGGAUUGUUGAAGUAGGAAGAAGAAAAGUACAAAAGGGUCAGGAUGCCAGGAGGGGCGAAUACAAAGGUAGGGAUGCGGAACAGCAUGGCGCUGAUUUGGGUCGUGGGGGGACACGACACACGGGUUGUAUUGUAGAAGGUUUGCCAAGAGGGGGUAACGGUGGGUUUGCUUCUUGCGCUGGGUAAGCCAGUUUGAUACGUCGAUGUGCUUGGAGGGUAGACCAAGGCACUUGGGAGCGGGAAGCAUGUGCUGGGGCGUAAGUGUAUGCAGACGGGGUUAUUGGGAACGACUUUGCUGUUGGGAUCAGUCGUGGUGUUGGUUGUCCAGGCGCCUUUGUCGCCUGUCAGCCGUGUGCCGUGUGGUGCAUGCUGGUACGUCCUGCUACUACAGCUGCUAUCCUCGCGGCAUUCUGCAGUGUAGGCCAUUGCGCUGGCACUCCAGACGCUAUCCUGCAGUGCAUAACCUAAAGUGUGCAGUUAGUCAGGGCUCAAAUGGAGGUGGGUCAACCUUUCAGACAGGUUGUUUGUUUGUCGUCCUUAGAAAAGCUAAAUGAUGGGUUCUUUUCGAAACACUGACAUUCUUCAUAUUGUUCUGGAGACAAGUCUCCGUUUAGUUCCGUCAUACAGAGGAGGGGGGUUGUAGAGGUCAGUUUUUUGCGUAUCAUGUCGUAGGGAAUUGGGUAUGGGAAAUGUGCUUUGUCAAGCUGUUUCCUGCGGGGCUUUUAUCCUGAGUUGCUUAGGAAAGUGCCGCAUGCAUGGGGCACGGCUGCCCUUGUAUCAGUAUGGUAAUUUGCACAAUUCCGGGGCGUUCUUGGGCGGUUUCUCGUGCAAAGUUGAUGUCCGAUCAUAUACGGAAGUAGAGUAAGGCGCACUUGGGCGCACAUUAAUUAACGCCGUUCCUGCGGCUGUCUGGGUGUACGUGCCCUCAACGGACACGACGCGUUCCCGCGUGGGCCCCAUAAGCCCCGGGGUGCGUUUGUGGAACACCCGUAACCAAGCCAUGGAGCCAAUCACUCGUGCACUGUAAGGCAGGCGA